AUGGAAAAAGCGGACCACCUCAAGCGGGUCUUGGAAAAACCUUGCAUUAUGCGCAUUCGAUUACAUAAGGGUUUCCGCGAAUCCUCCUUCCUGUAUGCACUGACUGCAGCGGGUGUGGUCCACUCGAUAGCCCGCGCCUGCGCACAAGGCCGCUUGCUGUCCUGCGGUUGCGACCCGGUCGGGUACCGAGCCUCUCACGACCCCAGAGGGCGUUUGCGCGCCAACAAAUGGGAGUGGAGCGGGUGCUCCCACAACCUUGCGUACGGCAUCGAGUUCUCGAAGAAGUUUCUGGAUGUUAGAGACCAGGUGGACGACCUGCAGUCGAAGAUUAACGUGCAUAACAAUAAUGCGGGCAGAUCGAUACUAGCGUCUCACAUGGAGGUCCGUUGCAAGUGCCACGGGCUGUCAGGCAGUUGCCAACUCCGCACAUGCUGGCGAGCAACACCGGAUUUCAGAGUCGUAGCGACCACUAUAAAGCGGCAGUAUCGUAAGGCUCUCAUGGUGGCGCAGGAAGAGUUAAACAACGGUGUAUCAAUAUUAAGGGGGAGACCUCGCGGGCGAAGGAAGAGUCGACCGCGGCCGGCGCCUAAAACUAGCCUCUUGUUCUUUGAAAAAUCGCCUAGUUUUUGCGAAGCGGAUCCCAAGCUGGAAACAUCAGGCACUUCAGGCCGGGUCUGCCGAACGGGCAGGACAUCAAGGACUGGCUCAUGCGACUUAUUAUGCUGUGGUCGAGGCCACGAUCUCAUCAGAAAGUCCAGCAUUAAACCCUGUAACUGCACCUUUCACUGGUGCUGCAGAGUCGACUGUCAGAAAUGUCAAGAUGACAAAUGGGUGGCUGUUUGCAAAUGAAGUUUGAAAGAAGGAAGUUUGAACUUGGAAUGAAUUCACGCAGACGUAUUAUACGCGGUUUCUUCAAGGCAAAAUUUGUUAUAUCAAAAUCUAGGACAGAAAUAUAUUGUGAAACAUUGACAAAAUCCCUUUCUCUUGUUAUCAUCAUUCACGGAUCUUGAUGAAAUGAAACAUGUGUAUCUAUUUAUGUCAAAACGACACGUCCGUAUGAAUUGCAGUUUGUAGGAUGUUUUGAUAUAAAUAGAUACACAUAUUUCAACGCUAAAAAAACGUAACGAUAUAUUACAAUAAAAACUAAAAAAUUCAAGAAAACAAGAAUAAAUUUACUUUUGAACACUUGAGAACUAUCUUAUAUUUUUUUAUAAUUAAGCAAAAGUAGGAAAACCGGAAAGAUGAUUGAAUUAUUGGUAAUUAACCAAACUUAAAUAAUAAUUAUGGUAUAAAUUAGAUAAAUACGUAGAGAAUUUUUAAAAACCGAAAGUUUGUAAAAAACCAUAAUAUAUUCAUAAAACUUUGAUUGAUGUAAAAACGUGUAUAAAUAUUAGCUAUAAUAUGUUACUGUUAUUAUGCUAUCAGUAUUAAAUCUAGACAAUACUUCGAAUUAUCAAUUAUUUAGACUUAUAUAUACAUUCCCUGUUGUAAAUAACCAUUCCUUUCACAUCAUUCCAGUGCCGUAUUAUUUAUU